AUGGUUACCACAAGAAACAGAGAGCGCGUCAACAGCUCUAGCGAAGCAAACGGGAAAACAAAUGCUCCUGCCGCCGCCGCCGAGAAGCACGGCAUCGACAAGGACGCUGGCAAUGGUUCUCGCGACGCAAAACGUGCCAAGAAGUCCGAUGACACUGCCAGACAGACGACCUUGGAGGAGACCUUCGAAAAGCACGAUGAUACACAGCCCGAGAAAUCAGAAGCGGCGGCAGAGAAGAAGAAGGAAGGAUCCGAUGUAGAGAUGAAGGAUUCCGUUGACGACACCGCAAAUGGCUCCAAGCUGACCGAGGAACCGACGAAAGAAGAGGAAGAGGCAAUGGCCGAGAAGGUGGAAGAGGCUGAGAAGAUUGAGCAGGCAAACAAGAGUGAGGAAGCAAACAAGGCCGAGGAUCAGCAAAAACCUGGAGAGAAACAGACGACGGAAGAGCCCGCAUCGAAGCCCGCCGACGACGAGACCGCAGAGCUCCCCAACGAAAAAUCCAAGGUGCCCUCCAACAUCCUCGAGAAGGGCAUCAUUUACUUCUUCUUCCGUGGCCGUGUCAACACCGAAACGACAGAGGAGGUUGACGACAUAGCUCGCAGUUACCUCAUACUCCGGCCUGUCGGCACCGACUCUAAGCUCGGCGACGGGCCCAUCGGCGACGCGGGAAACACCCGCCUGCUCGCCCUACCAAAGAAGGUCCUUCCUGAGAGCGGCAAGGAUCGCUUCAUGGUGUUUGUCGAGAAGUCGGGCACCUCGUUCAAAGAGUUGAAGGAGCAGUUCCUCUCGGGUGCUGAUAAUGAGACCAAGGCCGGCACGUCUCAUUCGCCCUCUGCGACGCCUGCCGGAGAAGGAGUCUAUGUCAUCACAACUACUGGGCGUGAGACCCAUCUCGCAUAUAUGCUGACCUUGCCUUCGGACCUGGGUGAGGUUCAGGAGGAGCUGGGGAUCAAAGAGAAGGGGAGCUUCAUACUGAGCACCAAGAACCCCUACAAGUCCGGUCCUGCGUAUGCCAGCCUGCCGGAAACACCUGAUUUCCCAGACAAGAUAAAAGAGCAGUUUCGCGACCUUCGUUGGAUGCCGACUAAGCCGGAGCACCUUGACUACGUCAACUCUCAGGUCCUCAUGAUCGGUGAAUCUUCAGGUAUCGAAAAGGCCGUCGAGCCAAAGAAGAAGGACGUCAAGGCUGGCAAGGACGAUCCUGAAGAGGUCCUCCAGGAGAUGGAGGAUGAGGACACCAAGCGGAUGGAGCACCUCUCUGGCGAUGACUCGGCUUCCAUCUUUGCUGAUCUGCAAGCUCGUGCCAAGGACUACCCGCAGCUACAGACUACGUUUUGA